AGAUUUUGACAAUUAGUUAGGGCAUGUUGGGUUGGGAAGCUAAAAAAUCACAAUAUAUUAUGUUUUCAUCCGCUUUUAAUAAAAUUUUGGAAGAAUUAAUGACACGAAAAGCUUUAGUUUGAAUGAAAAAGUGUUAUGAAUGUUCAUUUGUGACAUAAUAUGGCCUUAAUUAAGAACAAUGGUUCUAUUAUAGACCCCGCGCUGUGUAGAUGUUGUAGGGCUAUAAAGAAAUGCAGGCUUCUAACAUCGGAGUACACUUGGAUGGAGAAGAAGGAGAUUUACGCGGACAUGAUCAUGGACUGCUUUGGUAUCCUCCUAUCUCAUGUAGACGAUGAGGUAAAAGACAGCGGUGUGUGUGCGACCUGCGUGGUACGGUUACGAGAUGCCUGUGCGUUCAGGCAGCAAGUGUUGCAGUGCGAGGAACUGUUUCUGAGCGCUAAAUUGGAGGAUAAAGAUGAGACGAAAAAAGAUACGGAUAUCGAAUUGAAAACUGAACCAAAAGACGACUGCAGCGACCACAACUCACUAGCCGAGGAUCACCAGGAGGUCAUAUCUUUAGAAUACCCGCCAGCUAUCGUUGACGUAAAACCGCCCAAGAAGGAAGAGGACGAAAACAAACCGGAAAUACAGACACAUAACGAUAUAACAAAGGAUUUGGACAUCGAGAUCGAUGAUAUGGACGAUGAUGAUUAUCACGACGCUUACUCUGGAUCAUCAUCAGAUUCAGAUAAACCGAUCAAAAGAAAAGCAAAGACAAAGAAAACUAAAGUCACAAAGAAUGGAACGCAGAAGAAAAGAGUUCUUAAGGGUAGAGUCGUUAAAAUGAAACAGAAAACAGGUUCAUCCGUAGAAAAAAAGGUCAAAAUUAAAAAACCGCCCGUCGAAAAAAAGAACACAUACGACCGAGAUUUAGACUGCAUGUCAGAGGAAAACCUCCUGACGAUCAUCCAGUACUCCUACGUCUGCCCUUUCAAGAACAGAAGAAACAACUACUACUGCUUUUAUUGCAAAGAUUAUUAUCCAAAACCAGAAGACUUAAGAGAACAUACGGUUUCCCAUGACACAAAACCGUUCCAACUCUUGAUGGGUUACAAGAAAAUGCCGAAAUUAGACAUUACCAGAAUAGACUGCAGGCUCUGUCCGAUGAAAAUUAACGAUCUGGAAACGUUCAAGCAGCAUAUAGACCAAGUUCAUGGCAAGAAAAUAUACUUUGAGGCUCCGGAUAAAAUGCUACUCUAUCGUUUAACUUGGAACGAUCUGGUCUGUGUCAUGUGUAAUGAUGUUUUCGAAGACUUCAAUACUCUAAACACACAUAUGGUGGAGCAUUUCAGUAACUACACGUGUGAUAUAUGCGGUGUUUGUUUCUUAGAGAAACCGAGGUUGGACGCUCAUCUCAAACGUCACAAAGACGACGAGAGGCAUACGUGUGAAGUGUGCGGUAAAGUGUUCAAAUCGAAUCAUUAUAAAGACAUGCACGUCGACAUAGUUCAUAAGAAGAAAGCGAUAAUACGGUGUCCGCGUUGUGAUGAGUGUUUUAUGUCUUACGCGUUGAAGAACAAACAUUUGACUGAAGCCCACGGUCAGAAGCGUACGUAUCCGUGUAACUUGUGUGACAAGGUGUACAAUAGACAGAAGACCCUGACCGAACAUCAGAGGCGUAAUCAUCAGAAGGUUCUGAAGCAUCAGUGUGAGUAUUGCGAUCAAAGGUUUUAUUUACCGUCCCGUUUGAAGGAGCACAUAGCAACUCAUACAGGUGAAAGGAACUUCAGAUGCGAGUACUGCGAGAAGAGCUAUCCACGGCUCAAAUCUCUACAGUACCACAUAAGGACUCACACAAACGAUAGACGGUACCGUUGUCAUAUAUGCGGACAGGCGUUCAUUCAGAAUGCGAGUCUAAAAUCUCAUAUAAAGAGCCAUCACCCCGAGUGUGAUAUAGAGGGGUGCUAUUUUUAACGUAAUUCAAUGUUUAGUUAUUAAAUUAGUGUAAGGAAAUGUACAUCACGUUAUUAAGUAAUAUAUGUUUUUUAAACAA